ACCUAUAGCCAUGGCAGCUUCUUGUUGAAGGAUUAUGUGUAUGUUUAUAGAAACUCAAAGUACAUGACUCCAUAUAUACCUCUUCAUGGGUGAUGUGAUAAGGCUCUUACUUCCAUAAUUCAUUAAUCACACCAUCCUUACUAGCUACUUGUUUUGCUUCUUAAUCUUCUUCUCGGAAUCCUUGAAAAUGGAGGAAAACCUUCCUCCUGGAUUCAGAUUUCAUCCAACAGAUGAAGAGCUGAUUUCAUGUUAUCUUACUCCCAAGGUUUCCAAUAUCAAAUUUACAUCAAAAGCUAUUGUUGAUGUUGAUCUCAACAAGUGUGAGCCUUGGGACCUCCCAGGGAAAGCAUCAAUGGGGGAGAAAGAAUGGUAUUUCUUUAACUUGAGAGAUCGAAAGUAUCCGACGGGACUUCGCACGAAUCGAGCCACAGAAGCAGGGUAUUGGAAAACAACAGGGAAAGACAAGGAGAUAUAUAGAGCUGGAGUUCUUGUGGGAAUGAAGAAAACCCUAGUUUUCUACAAGGGUAGAGCUCCCAAGGGUGAAAAGAGUAAUUGGGUUAUGCAUGAAUACAGGCUAGAUAACAAGCAUCCUAAGGAGGAAUGGGUAGUUUGUAGGGUUUUCCAAAAGAGUGCAGCUGUGAAGAAACCACAGCAAGAAACUACAUCCUCUCAGUCACCAUCUCCUGCAUCUCCAUAUGACACAAACUCCAUAGUCAAUGAGUUUGGAGAUUCUGAUCAGUUACUUCCAAACUCCUCAAGGAAUAAUAAUUUGACUAACAUUUCUUACAACCCUAGUGGAAUUAUUACCAAUAAUAGCUUGAACAUGAACAUGAACAUGAGCAUGGAUUUGUGGGGCAAUGUAGCAAGAGAAGCAGCAGCAGUAGCAGCAACUACCCUUCCAUCUCUUUCAUGGCCUCCUCCUCAUAGCUUGCUAAGCUCGAACUUGUCGAUGAAUUCGUUGCUUUUGAAAGCAAUGCAGCUCAGGACUAGUAGUAAUUAUCAAGCUAGCAAUGCAGCUGGUAGUAGUGAUUACUCAUUUAUGCAGCAAGGGAUGUCUCAAUUUGGGAAUACUAGUGAUGCUUUGACUACUUCAAAUUUCCAAGCUUCUUCUUCAUCUUCAAAGGCUUUAGAGUUGCCACAAGAACAGCAGCAGCAGCAGCAGGAGCAACCAUUCAACUUGGACUCCAUUUGGUGAAAGCUAUAACUAGAGUUUGAAUUAAACUAACUUGAGUUAAAUAUCUAUGCAUAUUAUGAUAAUUAAUAAUAAUAAUAAUAAUAAUAAUGUUGUAGCAUUAUAUAGUUCAGUUAGUUUUUCUAGCUAGAGCUACUAGUGUUUAGUAAGCUGUUAUGUUAAAUGUCUUAGAAGGGGAAAUUCCCAGUCCUUCAUUUGGUGUAUUAAUUUAAGACCCACACAACAAAUAUUGUUCUCUUUGGUACAAUAUAUGACCCGACUUCUCAACGGGUACUCAACAUGCAUGUGGCCUCAAAGUUUUGUUGGCACUUUGGCACACGUGUUUAUUGUGUUUAGAGGUGAUUGGACUUUGCUUAUAUACUACUCGAUUGGGUUAUGUCAAUCCGAUAUGGGAUUACAAGUCUUGACAAUGGGAGCUUAUGUCUCUCUUUGUGUUUGUAUUAAUUGCCAUAAAAUGUAUAUUUCAAACAAUAACCAAAAUUGAAGAUUUAAGUAUUCCAUAGUGAAGAAUGAUAAUGUACAGUCCAU